GUUUGGUUGGAGUUCUAAAGUCCAAUUUGCCGAGAUGUCCAAGCCGUCGUUCGCUGCGCCCGUGCCCCAGAGCGCCCUGCUCUCGAAGCUCCAGGCGUUCCUGCCCCAAAUGGAGAAGCAGAACGAGAUCCUGGCCAAGGAUCUCGCGACCGGCCAAGCGACCAAGUACAACAUUGAAGUCGCCGAGGAAGACCCGGAGAAGCAAGUCAUCGAGAUGAACUUUGCAUUGAGCAUGCUCAACGAAGAUUCGGGCAGCGACAGCGACGAGGACAGCGACGACGACGAACGCGAGAUCCAGCUCAAGCCGUCGGCCGCUGCGCCGCAUGAUAUCCGUAUCACACCACCGACGAGCAAGCCGUCGCCGCUUAUCCAAGAACUAAGUUAAUUCGAUCACUCCCUCCUGUACACAUA